GUUUCUCUUUGCUCUGUUUUUUUUUUCUUUUGGUUAAUGGCCGAAGAUUCUAAUUCUUCCGAUUCAAUCAUCGUUAACGUUAUCGGAGAUGAUAAUAAGUCGGCGUUGUUCGGUAAGUACGACCUCGGAAAGCUCCUCGGUAGCGGUGCGUUUGCCAAAGUCUACCAAGCGGAGGAUCUCCAAAACGGCGGAGAAAGCGUUGCGAUCAAAGUCGUACAAAAAAAACGUUUGAAAGACGGUCUAACGGCGCACAUUAAGAGAGAGAUAUCUGUUAUGCGCCGUCUUCGUCAUCCUCAUAUCGUGCUCCUCUCCGAAGUCCUCGCCACCAAGACGAAGAUCUAUUUCGUCAUGGAGCUAGCCAAAGGCGGUGAGCUUUUCUCCAGAGUCACCAGCAACCGUUUCACGGAGAGUCUUAGCCGGAAAUAUUUCCGGCAAUUGAUCUCCGCUGUGAGAUACUGCCACGCAAGAGGAGUUUUUCACCGUGAUUUGAAGCCGGAGAAUCUUCUCCUCGACGAGAAUCGAGAUCUGAAGGUUUCAGACUUCGGUCUCAGUGCGAUGAAGGAACAGAUUCGUCCCGACGGGAUGCUACACACGCUCUGUGGAACUCCGGCUUACGUUGCACCGGAGCUUCUUCUGAAGAAAGGCUACGACGGUUCUAAAGCUGAUAUUUGGUCAUGCGGCGUCGUUUUGUUCCUUCUCAACGCCGGUUAUUUGCCGUUUCGUGAUCCAAACAUCAUGGGACUAUACCGGAAAAUCCACAAGGCUCAAUACAAGUUACCGGAUUGGACAUCUUCAGAUCUACGGAAACUCCUCCGCCGUCUCUUGGAGCCUAAUCCGGAACUGCGGAUCACCGUCGAGGAGAUUCUAAAGGAUCCGUGGUUCAAUCAUGGAGUAGAUCCGAGCGAAACCAUCGGAAUCCAAGCCGACGAUUACGAUCUAGAAGAAAACGGGAAGAUUUUAAAUGCCUUCGAUUUGAUUUCGUCGGCGUCGAGCUCGAAUCUCUCCGGUUUGUUUGGAAAUUUCGUGACGCCGGAUCAUUGUGACCAGUUCGUCUCCGAUGAGAGUACGGCGGAGAUUAUGAGGAAGGUCGAGGAAGUUGCGAAGCAGUUGAAUUUGAGAAUCGCGAAGAAGAAGGAGAGAGCGAUAAAGCUUGAAGGUCCACAUGGAGUAGCUAAUGUCGUCGUUAAAGUUCGCCGGCUAACAAAAGAACUAGUGAUGGUGGAGAUGAAGAACAAGCAAAGAGACGUGGGGUUGGUUUGGGCCGAUGCUCUUAGGCAAAAACUACGUCGUUUGAUUAACCAACCGGUUUUUAGGGUUCCUGAUAACCCGUAAAAUGGUUUCAACACAAAACCAACAAUCCAGAAAUUGAAUAAAACUCUGAUCUGAACUUUGUAGUUUUUCUGUGUAAUGUGUGACUGUGUGUGUUUGCAAACUUGGGCCUUUGUUUUUGCUAAGGGACAUGCUACACCGUUUGUAAUUUUUCUCGUUGGUUAUUGCGUUUGGAAUCGUACAAAGCAUUUCAAGAUCUUUUUGUAUUAAGCUAUGAAUGUUUCUUUGAGUUUGCUUAUAUGUGCUAUGAAUGAAAACAUGCCGCCGAAACAGAAAAAUCGAAUAACAUCAGUUGUCACUG